GCCCCGCCUCCGCCCCCUGCCUUGAGUGAGCUGGGUGUUUCCUGCCUCUCAGUCCGGAUUUGGAGACUCCGGCGUUCUCCUACUUUUCAUGGAAGAGAUGUCAGGAGAAAGUGUGGUGAGCUCAGCGGUGCCAGCGGCUGCUACCCGCACCACCUCCUUCAAGGGCGCCAGUCCCAGUUCCAAGUAUGUGAAGCUGAACGUUGGUGGAGCCCUCUACUACACCACCAUGCAGACACUCACCAAGCAGGACACCAUGCUGAAGGCCAUGUUCAGUGGGCGCAUGGAGGUGCUCACGGACAGCGAAGGCUGGAUCCUCAUCGACCGCUGUGGGAAGCACUUUGGGACAAUCCUCAACUACCUUCGAGAUGGGGCUGUGCCCUUGCCCGAGAGCCGCCGGGAGAUCGAGGAGCUGCUAGCGGAGGCCAAGUACUACUUGGUGCAGGGCCUGCUAGAAGAGUGCCAGGCAGCCCUACAGCAGAACAAAGAUACUUAUGAGCCCUUCUGCAAGGUUCCUGUCAUCACGUCCUCCAAGGAAGAACAGAGGCUUAUAGCGACUUCAAACAAGCCAGCGGUAAAGCUGCUGUACAACAGAAGCAACAACAAAUACUCCUACACCAGCAAUUCUGAUGACAACAUGUUGAAAAACAUCGAACUGUUCGAUAAGCUUUCCCUGCGCUUUAACGGGAGGGUCCUGUUCAUAAAGGAUGUCAUCGGGGAUGAGAUCUGCUGUUGGUCAUUUUACGGCCAGGGCCGAAAAAUUGCUGAAGUCUGUUGUACCUCCAUCGUCUACGCCACAGAGAAGAAGCAGACCAAGGUUGAGUUCCCCGAAGCCCGCAUUUAUGAGGAGACCCUGAAUAUCUUGCUGUAUGAGGCCCAGGAUGGCCGAGGACCUGACAAUGCACUCCUGGAGGCCACGGGCGGGGCGGCUGGCCGCUCACAUCACCUGGACGAGGACGAGGAACGGGAGCGGGAGCGGAUCGAGCGCGUGCGGAGAAUCCACAUCAAGCGCCCAGACGACCGGGCCCACCUCCACCAGUGAGCAGGCCGAGCAGCCUGUUCCCGCUGUCUGCCCUCCCUCUGCUCCUGCCCCUGCCCCUCAGACCCUGCGCAGGCUUCGGGGCACCUCCCACAUCCCUGGAGUCUGAGACACUUUUGUAACAAACCAGAUGAUUAUUUUGAUAUUUUCCUGACAAAGUGGAUUGCUUCUGUGUUGGCGCAGGUGUGCUCCCCUUCAGUCUAAGGGCCCGCCUCUCAGGAGAGCCUGGCGCCUGGCUCUCUGGGCCUCGGAGGAAACGUGUGAAUGAGUUGGCGUGGAUGUGACAACCUUUGUUGCAGUAUUUAUUUUUAAGGGUGUUGACUACCUGUCAGGGCUUCUUGGGUGACAGACACCCCCUUAAGGGUUUCCUUUGGCAGUGGAGGGACUGUGCAGUUGGCAGCCGGCCACCAGGAUGCCCUUGAGCGGCACGGCCCCGUGUGCUCUGAGCAGGCAGUCUCGUCGCUUUCCUGGGCGUCUGCUCUGUGUGCGGUUUUGUACAGAGCCCGGUGGUCAGCGGUGGAAGGGGGCAAAGUGUGCUCCCAGCCUCUCCCUGGGCUCCAGUGGGGCGGCACACUGCCAGGCCAGGAGCAGAGUGGGUCCUGGCAGGGGGCCGCCCUCUUUGCCUUGGUCCUUUGGAUGGACCCCAUCCAAGAAGUCGCAGCCACUGCUGCUUUUGGGGUCUGCUCCUCUGCAUGGCUUCCUUUUCUCAGCGAGGGGGUGCCCUGCCCUUUGGUUGGGCACCCUGUGGCCGCGGACACUGGCACCAGGGAAGGGCACCGCUGAGCUUGCAGCCUGACUGGGGCGGCUUUGCUGCGGGUUGUGUCCGUGCGGAAGAGAUGGCGUGCAGGCGCCUUUGGGUCAUCUUUGUGUGCAGGGCAUGUGUGUGACUGCGGUGGGGACGUGUGACUGUAGGGCGCGGGCGCUCAGGAUGACUGCCAGUUACCUCGAGUCUGCUCUGCGCAGAGGAGUCGUGACUGAAGGGGGGGGUGGUAGACUAGUUCCGUGGUUAGGCGAGAGCAGUAGGUGGAUUGUGACUGCUUGACAAAGGAAGUAUUGCUAUGUUUAGACCAAAGGUAUUAAGUGGGUGAUCUCUGCCGUGUUUUAAAGUUUCUAUUUUGCGACGGUUUGUACAGCUCACUUUGUACAUGACAGUUGUAUACCUUUCUCUUGUAUUUGACAGCAAAGCCUGUGAUAAAUAUUCAAACAAUCCCGGCUGGAUCGAGGAACCAUGUACUAGGGAGAUGCUUUUUACAUAAUGGUGUGGGGUAAACUUUUGUAUUAAAAGCCAAGAAAGGGAGCUUACGAAGUCACGUUUCCUAAGUUUUUAUACUGUUUGUUUUAAACGUCAGCCCUGCCUGGUGGGUUCAACUUUUCUAGGAAGUUUAAGUGAAUGUCAGCCCUGGUGUUUUCUAUAGGAAUGGAAAAGCCAUGUAUACACUAUUUAAAUGUUUGUGUGCAGAUGACCUACGGCACAGUCUGACUUGCCGAGGCCUCUGGCCUUACAGCUCCUGUUUUGGCAGCUCUCUCUCCUUCCUCUAUGUUCAAACCUUGUGCCUGCAGUGCUGUACCUCAGCUCCCAGGGAUAGGAACAGACCCAGCAUCAGUCUCUAAAGCCCUGCCUCCGGGUUCCACAUACUGGUGUGGAGGGCAGGAGUCAGCACUUGUAGUUCACCAUCUAGUGAGUUGCUGGUGUAAAGAGUGAAGUUUUAUUGCACACUAAGGGCUCAUAAUUAAAUCAGGAUAGCUCUUUGUUCAUGGUAGCCACGCUCAGUGUGUGUGGACCACACCCCGGCCGGGCUGGCACAGCUGUCUGUCGCCUGCUGUGGAAGAUGGCUGUUUGAGCUCUCUGGAGGCUGAGAUCCCUUCAGGGGCCACAUCCCAUACCUGCUGCUCAGUGCUGGUAACCAGCCCUCCCCAGACUGUGCGGCCCAGAGGCUCCACCCACAGGCCCUGGUCCCGUGAGCACAUCACUUUCUUCCAGCCUCUGCACUAUGGAAAACCAUGCUGGGAGUUUUACAAGUGUUCACUCCUGUGCGAGCAUCUGCAGACACGUGGAAAAUAAACGUUAAACUCUGCUUCUA